AUGGUUUCUCCAGCAUAUGCCGAGCCUGUAGAAAUCAGACGUGGAAAAAAAGUCAACUCACCUAACCGUAAUGGAGCACAAGAUAUUGGACUUAGUCCAAGUUCAUAUAACCGUCAAAAUAAUAUAAAUAGGUUGGCAGCAUCUCCCCCAUUAGCUCAAUCAUACUCGCAGCUCUCAAAGUCUCAACCUUAUUCUGGACAGAAUGCAUUAGACAGUCAUCUAAGCAGUUCUGGAAAAUUUCCUGUUACAGAUUCUUCUGGAUCAUUAAACCAGGCACCGGAAACUUUUGCUAUUGAUAUUCCCAAACAAAAGAAAGCCGAAAUUAUCAAAAAGCAUCUCGUCACCGAAGAUGAUCUUGCUGGUAAUUCUGAACUUUAUGGAAGUUCGGGGAAUAAUGAUGCUCUUUAUUCUACCUCACAUCAAUUACCUGGAGGUGAUGCAACUCAUGAGGUUUAUAAAUGGCACGCAGGGAUAGAAAAUGCCCCCAUGAAACGUACACGUUCACAUUCCUUACAUUUACCACGACCUAGUGAUCCAGAUACUUCCAAUAUCAGGGAGCCUGGAGGUUUCCGUCGCCACCAUGUUAUAAUGAAAGCGAGGAAAGCUGGCAAGGAGCCACCAAAUAUAAUCACUCGGAAUUUCAUUGAUUUCUUAACAAUGUUUGGUCAUUUUGCUGAAGUUACUCCUUUGAUUCCAAGAGAAAGAGAAAGGGCUGGAGAAGGAGGUACUGCAACUCCUUCAAAAGCCGUGUUUUUGCUUUUAAAAUCCUUUGUUGGAACUGGUUUAAUAUCUUUAGUCUCUUUCCUGUUACUGGUACAGACGCGAUUAAACGUUCCAUAUAGUUUUGGUGGUAUUGGGGGGGCUUUAUAUGGUAAUUGGAUGAGGCUUGCAGUGUUAUUUUCCAUCACUAUUUCUCAGAUUGGAUUCGUGUGUGCUUAUAUGAUAUUCGUCGCUAAAAAUCUCAAGUCAGUCGCGGAACAAGUUUUGGGUAUCCGAGUAGAUUUAUAUCUAUAUAUUAUUGGACAAUUAUUUGUUUUUGUACCACUCGCGAUGAUUCGACGAAUAUCAAGACUAUCUUUUACUGCAUUGAUUGCAGAUGCUUUUAUUAUGUUUGGACUUUUAUAUUUAUAUUACUUUGAUAUAAGUAAAUUGGUAACAGAUGGAGUAAGUGAUAUUAAAUCAUUUAAUCCUGAAGACUUUGCACUAUUUAUUGGCACCGCUGUUUUCACUUUUGAGGGAAUUGGAUUGAUUAUUCCCAUUACUGAAUCCAUGAAAGAGCCCGAGAGAUUCCCUGGCGUUUUAACAGGCGUGAUGGUUUUCAUUACUAUUCUUUUCACAUCAAUCGGAGCUUUGUCAUAUGCUACAUUUGGUAGUGCUAUUGAAACGGUAGUGAUUAUCAAUUUACCAUCUGAUGAUCCAAUUGUUCAGACAGUUCAGUUUCUAUAUGCUUUAGCCAUUCUAUUAUCAAUUCCGCUUCAAUUAUUUCCAGCAAUUAGAAUUAUGGAACAAGGAUUAUUUGAGAAAAGUGGUAAGCAUGACCCUUAUGUUAAAUGGCAAAAGAACAUUUUCCGUUUCGGAACAGUUGUUGCUUGUGCUUUAAUUUCCUGGGGUGGCGCAAGUGAUUUAGAUAAGUUUGUUUCGUUAAUAGGAUCGUUCGCAUGUGUACCAUUAUGCUUCUUAUAUCCACCCCUUUUCCAUUAUAAAGCGGCUGCUCAUUCUUUUGGUGCUAAAUUUUUAGACAUUUUUAUAUUUAUGUUUGGUGUUUUUUCGUUAUUUUAUACCACUUACAUAACUAUUCGCAAGUGGGGUGAAAAUUAA